AUGAACGCACUGGGUAGCCGCUGCCGCUCCGUGAUUGUGCUAGUGAACACCGCGCUCUACACGAGCCCGCUGCUGGAUGAGGGAUAUGGGUACCAUUGCGGCUGCGUAGUCGUCUCCUCAGACCUCGCACCACCAGCCAAGGACAUUGUCCGUCAUGCAGAACACUUCUGCGAAGAGAACAACAUCAGUUACCGAAUUGUAACGGUAUCUGAGAAGGCAACAGAGAUCAGCGAGAUGAUGAGGGCCUGCGCCAUCGCGGAAGAGUGGCUUACUUCUCCACUGACUCUUAUCGACUGUACUCCAGCGGUGGAGGAGGAGGUGCGUGUGGCCACCCUGCUGACGUGGCUUUAUGGGAUGCACCCGUCCGUGGCAUCCAAGGAAGGGAGCACGACAGAAGUUCCGUAUACGCUGGUGACUGUCCUGGACGCAGCGCGACAAGUGCCGUGCCCGCCACCUAUUACUGUAAGCUCCCCCGCGGGCGGUGAUACACUUGCGUGGCUACGACCGACGCCGAGUUACUACUCGGAGCUGAUGGAGUCUGUCGGUUCUUCAGCAGAUAGCUGCGUUGUGUUCCCGGUGCACAUGUACUCGCGCUACCCGGCUCUGCGCGACUGUGGGCUGCGGGGAAGGUGUACUGACGGCGGCGCGAAAGUCCCGGUGCCGCUGGCCGCGUGGCCAAACAAGUGCACCCUGAACGCACUGCUUCGGGAGCUGGCAUUCAAGGCGGGGCAGCUAGCCAAGUACGGCGCUUAG